UUGUAUCAAAGGCGUUUGGUUAUUGAUUUUUCAUCUAAUUCAUUACUUUUUUGUAAAAAAUUAUCAACCUUUCAUGGGGCGGUAACGGCUGAAUAUGCUCACUACUUCGAUCCAAAUGCAACCAAUCUCCAGUCUCAGCUGGGACUGAUCACCAUCGACGAAAUUCUUUCGAAACCGCAACACAGGUCGCAACCACGGUUUAACGAGCUCUCUUGGGUGCCUAUUAUGUCGUCUUCCCACCCUUUAGGUGUGAUUUUUGGUGGAACUGAAAACGGCACGGUUGUUUUCAUUGAUGCUCACAAGUUUGUAAAUGAUGGUGCGCUAUCUGUCAUUUCCUCUCGUCGCGAUCACCAUGGUCACGUACUGUCAGUGGACUACUCGGUUGACAACAGAUGGGCGAUUUCUGCAGGAGGUGCGGCUCAAUUGUUGCUGUGGGACCUAACAAAUCUCACCACGCCGUUUACUCCAGGAAACCCGAACUUCGCCGACCAGGUGAAACGAGUACGCUGGAACCGUUCUGUUGACAACAUUGUUGUCUCGUUGUCUUCACAUCGUGGUAGUCUAUGGGACAUGCGGAGACCAGGUGGACCAAUUCUCGAGUUUGCAGAGUUUGGAAGUGGAUGCGAUUGGGCAGAUAUCUGUUGGAAACCUGGUGAUUCGUCGACACUGAUCGUAGGUAGUCAGUUGGCGUUGACACCAGGAAUUCAAAAAUGGGACCUUCGCUAUCCAACAGCUCCAGUCAAUGAGUUUUAUCUGCAUGAUCGCGGUGUGACAGCAAUGGAUUGGCAUAGAAAUGAUCCUCGUAUGGUUGUAUCUGCGGGAAAUGAUGGUUUCGUGAGGGUAUUCAAUCCAGACACAGGAGAAGUGCAUGGGGGUCUUCAGCUGCAGCGGAAUGAUAAAGUACGUGCACUCACAUGGUCAGAAGUUCGUCCAGACUUAUUUGCGAUUCAGUAUUUUCAACAUCCAGCCGAAUUUCGUUCAAUUGAAAGUUCGAUUUUGGGACGGCUAAACGUGUCAAUCGUUCCAGCGUGGGUGAGUGCAGCUCCAGUGGGGGCGUCAUUCGCAUUAGGUGGGAAAAUGGCAACACAUUAUCGUCAGUGGGAUGAGGCAGGACAGAUAUGGCACUACGGCGUUGAAAUAGCAAUGGUCAGAGGUGUUCAUGGCUGUUGGGCUGCGAUGUACACUACUAAAACCUCAGAACAAUGA